AACGCUGCUGAUACAGGUUGCUUAGUGAAGGAAGCGAAGAAGUAGCUGUGGGACACGAUAGCAAAUGUUGACGAUUUUUGCCAACGAUGGAUUUAGUUUUGUACAUAGCUGCAGCAGUCAUUCUUAUUGUACUAAUAAUUUUCGCUAUAAAAGUACGUGGAAGAGCAGAACAAGCUGACGAUGAGCACCAAGAGCAGGUGGCUGUCCGAGCCGCCGCUCCGCCACGGCCCCAUAUCGCUGAGGACCGAGGCGCCGGAAUGCCCCGUCGCCGUAGACGCGGCAUGCAGGCGGCCAUGGAAGCAAGGCGUCCACAGAGAGACCCUUCAGAGGAUGAGGACAGCCCAGUAGAGGUAGAGGAGCAGGAGCAGGAGGAGGACGACGGGCCUGCUCAGCAGAACACGGGGAAAAUAGGAGCCAAGAAACAAAGGAAACUGGAAGAGAAACAGGCAAAGAAGGCCCAGAGAGAGGCGGAGUUGGAGGACCGAGAGGAGAGGAAACGCUUACAGGAGCUCCGAGAGCAGGAGAGGCGCAAGGAGGAUGACAAGGAGCGCAUGCUGGAAGAGCAGGAGGAAGAACAGGCUCGUCGCGCCAAGGAGGAGCAGGAGAAGAGAGAGGAGGAGGAGUAUCAGCGCCUGAAGGAGUCCUUCACUAUCGAGGAGCAGGGGAUUGCCGAGGAGCUUACUGAACUAGAGUCCCAAAAUCUCCUUCAGGAGUUCAUUCAGUAUAUCAAGGACACCAAAGUGGUGCUCCUGGAGGACUUAGCGUCACACUUCGGCAUGCGCACACAGGAUGCUAUCGCUAGGCUGCACGAUUUAAUCGCAGAGGGCUCACUCACAGGAGUGAUCGACGACAGGGGGAAGUUCAUCUCCAUCACCCCCGAGGAGCUGAACGCUGUGGCUCACUUCAUCAAGCAGAGGGGCCGGGUCUCCAUCUCAGAGCUGGUGCAGGCCAGCAACACACUCAUCAACCUCACCCCUGUUACCCGCAGCACUGCCUGAAGACUGCUUAAAGACUGCUUAAAGGACUUGAUUUUUGCUUCUGCAAGUGUGUGUGUGAACACAUGUGCGCGCACACACAUACAGGCAGAUAGACACACACACAGACAGACACACACAUACACACUGACGGACACCCAUUUUAUAAUACCAUACACAAAUACUCUUUUGAGUAUUUCACUUAAGAGUCUUUUUCACAGCUAUUCACACACUCACUCAUACACACACCCAAAUGACAACAGUAGUUGACCGGCUGUGACGGUUUUGAGUGUUGCAUUGCUUUGAGUAAUUACAGCAAGCUCUAUUUUUCUUUUACAGUCGCCAAAUUAUUUAAUACAAUAUUCUUUUAAAACAACGUUUUCAUUCUCUAUUGUCCUUGUGUGUCUCUGUCCUUGUGUGUCUGCAGUCCUACUGAAAAGAGGGCAAUAAAAUAACUAAAAUGAAA